AUGCACACAUCUGGAACAACUGGAAAGCCAAAGGCGGUGCAGAUAUUGGCCGGGGGAGUGAUCAACCUUGCUUUCAACUCACUCGUUCCAGUACGCAAAGGCCAUCGACUCGCCCAUGUGACCAAUAUCGGGUUCGAUGCGUCGUUGUACGAGAUAUGGGUCUCACUGUUGCGUGGAGCCACCCUGGUAUUUUUUCCGCGGGACGUUGUGCUAGAUCCAGUUGUCUUUGCACGACGCCUCCAGGAAGAUCGGAUUGAUGUGGUGUUUCAGACGCCGGCGCUGUUGGCAAUAAUAGCACAGACAUGCCCUCAGGCCUUCUCAACAACAGGGGGCGAACCGAUCAAUGUGCCCACAAUCCGAACAAUCUUCGCGAAUGGCCCGCCAAAACGACUGUUAAAUGGCUACGGUCCGACGGAAUGCUCGGUGUUCACCGCCAUCCAUGAGGUCUCGGCAGAAGAUGUGCAAAAGGGUCAUAUCCCUCUCGGAAAGCCGCUCGACAACUAUGAAAUCUUGGUGGUGGACGAAGAGCUGCAACCGGUUAAGCAAGGCGAAGUAGGAGAACUGAUAGUCGGUGGCGCGGGCGUGGCAGCUGGAUACUAUGGCGACCCGGAGAAGACAUCCAAGGCUUUCAUCCGCCCACCACAUCUGCCCAUCAAGUCUAACAGAGGACCGGGACACCUCUACCGGACUGGAGACCUGGUUCAAGUCAACGAAUCCGGUCUGUUGGACUUUCUGGGUCGACGUGACCACCAGGUCAAGAUCCGCGGCCAGAGAAUUGAGCUGGAAGAGGUGGAGCACGUCCUCUGGGAUACGAAGCUCGUAUCUGCCGCUGCAGCGAUGAAGGUGCAGACCGAUGAGGCUGAUAUCGGGUCCUCGAUCUUGCUGGCCUAUGUCGUUCCCCUCUCCAAGGAUAUUGAUGCUGCUUCGGUCAUGCAGGCGUACACCAAGCUGGCGCCACACAUCAUGGUGCCUCGCGUCGAGAUGGUGGACGAACUUCCGCUCAACAGCAGCGGCAAGAUCUACAGAAAGAAACUUGCGGCCCAGUACGUUGAGCGGAUCACACGGACGAAGAGCUUGAAAGGGUCUCUGGAUGCGGCAGUGGGGGAUGACACCGCAAGCUACCUGCAAAAGAUCUGGCUGGAGAUCCUUGGUAUCCCCAUCGACACGCUGGAGCCGACUGAUAACUUCUUUUUGAUGGGGGGCACCUCCUUGCAGGCGGCCAGUCUUGUCGCCAGGAUCAGGCGAUCAUUCGGAGUCGAACUGCAAAGGCGUCGAAUGGCGGGAAGACACCAAGGAAAUGGAUAUCUUGGUCAAAGACUCGGAACUGGGCAGGGAUUUGAAGCCCAUCGCUGGCCGUCUGCCCGACUGGCGGAGCAAAUUGGAGGGACGAGUGUUCAUGACCGGGGUGACGGGCUUUGUCGGCGCAUUCCUCCUCGCGGAGCUGCUCGCCCUGCCUCAGACGAAGACGGUGGCAUGCUUGGCCUGGGCCCAGAAGAAGAGAAACUUUAUGUCCUGCCGGGCGAUUUCGCCCAACCAGACCUGGGGCUCGGGCAAGAGCAGUAUGAUUACUUCGCCCAGUGGGCCAGUGUGGUCUUUCACCUGGGAGCCCAAGUCAACUACGUGCAGCCUUACUCGACCCAUCGGGAUGCCAAUGUGUUGGGAACGCUCCACAUGCUUCGUUUCGCCAACCACAAGCGACCAAAGGCGCUGCACUACUCAUCCAGCAUCGCAGCAUACGGUCCGACGGGGUUCGUGACGGGGACGACCUAUCUGCCAGAGGAUGAGAAGCCAGCGGCACAUCUCGCUGCCCUCGCAUACGAUACGGGGUAUUCUCAGAGCCAAUAUGUCGCCGAAGCCGUGGUAUGGAAUGCCGUUGAAAACGGUCUUCCGGUUGCCAUCUACCGUCCCGGCUUUGUCCUGGGCCACAGCAAGACAGGAAUAGGCAACCCGGAUGAUUUCGUGGGGAGACUGAUCGCCAGUUGCAUCCGGAUGGGCUGCUAUCCUUUGCUUCCCAAGCAGCGCAAGGAGUUCGUCCCUGUCGACUUUGUCGUUUCUGCGAUGCUGCACAUUGCCUCAACAAACGACAACCUGGGCCACGCAUACAACCUCGUUCAGCCGGAGCCGGGCGCUGCGAUCGAUCUCGAGACCACGUUCGAGAUUAUUAAUGACCUCUCUCCCACCACGCCCCUGCGAGGCCUGCCUUAUCCGGAGUGGGUCAAGUGUCUCCCUCACGCUGUCGAAGAUCCUCUGCACCCGCUGGUCCCGAUGCUGCAGGAGAAAGUCCUCGAUGAGCGGACUCGAUGGGAGGUCCACGAAAACAUGGCUUUCUAUGGCACGGAGAACUUACGCCGUGCACUGGCGAGUGCUUCGGUGUGA